GUUGCCAUGUUUGCCAGAAAGGCUUCCAUCCAAAGGCACACCUGACAGAGCAUAUGACGAAGACAAGACGCAAGGGUGGAAGUGCUCUAUGAGGGGAACAUAGUUCAGUCAGAAUAUCUGAAGAAGCAGUUUAGCAAUGUAGGACAUUCCCCUCAUGUCACUUCUGUUAGUCGAAUGAAUCGAAUGUAUUGAUGUAUGUGGGCAAUUGAUAUGUGUUAGUGUAUUUCUUGACGUGGUCUUCUAUUUGGCACUAUAUCAAUUUAUCACAAAGCAUAGUACAUUUGUACUGUUUUGGCAUAUCCAAGGAAGACAAUAUCAAACAGGGUAAACGUCCAUGGUUGAACUAUUGGUGUCAUUCAUAAGAAAACUGCAAAUAUUGACAGUCCUGUCCAUAUAGGGUGGCAGGGUAGCCUAGUGGUUAGAGCGUUGGACUAGUAACCGGAAGGUUGCAAGUUUGAACCCCCGACCUGACAAGGUACAAAUCUGUCGUUCUGCCCCUGAACAGGCAGUUAACCCACUGUUCCUAGGCCGUCAUUGAAAAUAAGAAUUUGUUCUUAUCUGACUUGCCUAGUUAAAUAAAUAAGCCUAUAUAUAUUCUUCUGCAACUAUCUUUUAACAGAUGACUUUAUCCAACAAGGAGAAGGCUGCACAACGCAGGGCACAGAUAAAUGCUGAUCCUCUAUCAAAAGAGGAAUACUUUGCCAAGAGAACAGCAUGGUAUUAUUUUCAUGAAUUCCAUUGUACAGUUCAACUUAAUUAGUUCAUUGUACACUGAGUGUACAAAACAUUGGGAGCACCUUCCUAAUAUUGCAUUGCAACCCCCUUUGCACUCAGAACAUCCUCAAUUCGUCAGGACAUGGACUACAAGGUGUUGAAAGUGUUCCACAGGGAUGCUGGUCCUUGUUGACUCCAAUGCUUCCCACAGUUGUAUCAAGUUGGCUGGAUGUCCUUUGGGUGGUGGACCAUUCUUGGAACACAUGGGGAAAUUGUUGAGCGUGAAAAACGCAGCAUUGUUGCAGUUCUUAACACACUCAAACAGGUGCCCCUGGCACCUACCAUACCCUGUUCAAAAGGCACUUAAAUCUUUUGUCUUGUCCAUUCACCCUCGAAAUGGCACACAUACACAAAACCAUUUCUCAGUUGUCUCAAUGUUUAAAAAGCCUUCUUUAAACAUGAUUGAGGUAGAUUUAACAAGUGACAUCAAUAAAGGGUCAUAGCUUCCACCUGGAUUCACCUGGUCAGUCUGUCAUGGAAAGAGCAGGUGUUCCUAAUGUUUUGUACACUCUCAUGCCUGAUCAUGAACUACCACGGCUAUCUUCAGCACCAGUGAGAGACGUUCAACCAGAGUAGUUCUAAAUCCUAACACCACAAAAUAAAAGUGCAGAUUUCAUAAACAAUGCAAAAGAGACGUCAGUUAGCUACGGAGGGUCGAACCGCAAUUGCAACAAAACAAAAGAAACCAAAAAGUUGAGAGGUAAAAUAAAAUGAAAGCAAGUGAGCGAGAGGAAGGGAGAAACUAUUUUGAGAGAAAAAACGAAGUCAAUAAAUUCUUGUGAAAACAUGAAAAUUGUGGGAUUGAAUUUUACUGUAUGUUAUAAACCACAAUGCGUUUAUGGUGCAAAAACUAACCUUGGGAAUAUGAACUUGACAUAGUCAGAAAAGGUGAGGAAUGCAUCUGCAAUGGUUAUGAUAUAUUCGAGAAAUUUGACAUUACAGUAUUCAGACGUGCAAUACUUCAACCACUUAAAACUGUGCUUAGGCAUGGUCUAACGUUUGCAGGAGGAUAAGCACAUUCUCACCUCAAGUUUUAAUAAAUUCCAACAUUUGCGUGAAAACUAGCGCACGCAUGUUUUGUGCGUAUGUAUGGCGUUUAUAAAAAUAGGCACCUGGGUAGAAAAUGUGUUGUUCAGUCUCAUACAUAGAUCAGAUCACACAAACCAACAGUGCAGAGUCCUGGCAUGCCUGCACAGUAGGUGGCGGUAAUACAAAUACUUUCAACGUCGUGUAGGCGACAUCACCGACUGACUCAAAGGGAGCAAAUAUACAGCCAUUGGAGCAAACCAUUAUCGCUUCUCUGUAUGAUAUCAAUGGUAUACACUUUACUGUAUCGGACAUAAGAGGUCAACUGCUUCUUUAAAAAAUGUCUCGACUACAGUUGUUACACCUAUUUGUCAGUGAGCGGCUAAGAGCGGCUGCUGCUGAAAUAUUUGGGGCCGUGGAAAAAACAAUAACGGAUUACCAGGAAGAAAUCUCACGUUCAAAGGAAGACAACGACCGUUUACGAUCGCUGUUCGAUAUCGCAUUCCAACCUCAGUUGCCGAAAGCAGACCCACUCCAUCUCACUCUCUCCAAAGAGCUUCUCCCUGAGCAUCAGCACCAUGAGCAGGCGUGGAGCCCCAGUCUGGACCAGGGGGACCCAGAGCCCACGCAGGUUAAACAGGAACCAGGGGAGUUUGGGACCAGUCAGAGGGAGGAGUUAAUAACCAAAGACUCCAUUUUGAGGGACUGUAAUCAGAAACCACCUGAGCCACAUCUUUACCACAUCCAAAUAGUGGAGAACAGAGAGAGGGACUCACUAUCGAUCAACACAACAGGAGAGAUCAAAACAGAACCUGGUGAAGAGUGUUAUGGUGGGUCUCACUGGGAACCAACCAGUGACUCUCAGUCCCUCUCUGCAGUAAAUCCUGACAGUUCUGCAGCUCAGACUGAAAACAGUGAAAGUGAGGAUGGGGUGGACAGUGGAGGACUACCAUCAGGGCUACAACCAUUACAAUCAAACAACACCCAAACCACUUCUCAAGAUAAUAAGAUGUUUCCAUGCCGUACGAAAUCACGCCGCCAAAGACUAGCCACACCGUGUUUUUGCAAAGUGUGUGAAAAGUCUUUUGACUUCAUAAAUCAUUUAAUCAAUCAUGUGCGAAUGCAUGCAAAGGAUAAAGAUCACCUCUGUGGUGUAUGUGGGAAUGGCUUUGAGUCCACAGACAGCAUGCUGGAUCACCUACUAACACACAUUGGAGCCAAACCUUUUUGCCAGAUGUGUGGUAAAUGUUUCACUAAUAAGGCGAACCUGAAAGUGCAUAUUGUGAGGGCUCAUGCCGGUGAGAGACCAUUUGAGUGUCCUGUGUGUGGAAAACGCUUUCAAACAUCAUUCAUUUUAAAAACACACCAAGUCAUUCAUACUGGGGAGAAACCAUUUCAGUGUCAAGAUUGCGGUAAACAUUUCAGUCGAAAAGGAAGCUUGCAGAUGCACCUGAGGACACACACAAAGGAGAAGCCGCAUCGUUGCCAUGUUUGUGGAAAGGGCUUCCCUGUGAAGAGAUCCCUGACCACACAUAUGACAAGUCACACAGGGUUGAAACCGCAUCGCUGUGAAGAAUGUGGCAAGGCCUUCGCUGUGAGUGAAGCCCUGACAGUGCACAUGAAGACUCACCUCGAGGAGAAACCGCAUCCAUGCCAUGAAUGCAGCAAACGCUUCAAUCGGAUGGGAUCCCUUAGAAGGCAUAUGAGCUUGAUUCACAAACUGGAGAAAUCGUGAUAUGCGUGGGGAAAAUGUAUCGGUUUAAAAAGUACUAACUGAUAUCUAGAAUUAUACACAUACUGUAUCUCAGAAGUCACUGCUUUAGGUUGAAAAAUGUAGACAAUAAUGAAUGCAUGAACUUGCAUAACAUUGUGGGGAGCCACAGAGUGGUGUGUCUAACAAAGACCUUUUACUGGAUUAAUUCAAAUUGCAUGUUUUGAAAAUGUGUACGUGACUGCUUGAAUGUGUGUGGUUUGAGAAGGAGGCUCUUUGUUGAAAUAUUGAAAUAUGUCAAAUCUAUUUUGACUGUGUUGCACAAAAUGUAAUAGUUUAAUAAAACAGAUGUUGAAAAUGUU